CGCAGUUCGCCCGGCAGAGCCGUCUCACGAAGUGUUUCACUUAUCACCUGCAACUUGCCACCGCGCGGAGCAUGAGGCAUCCUGCCAGCGUGAGCUCUAGAUCAGAGUAUAUAUACGAGCCAUCUCCAUUUCGCACUCAGAGAUCUUGCUACGCUACCAUGGCCAUCGAAGUCUCUCCUCUGCCUCUUCCCCGAUCUGCUGAUCCCUCCAAGUUCACGGAGUUCGGCCGUGAGGUUAAAGGAGUCAAUCCAGGGACGCUGACACCUGAGGAGUUCAAGGAGAUCGAACAGCUGCUAUACAAGCACUCUGCCUUACUCUUCAGGAAUACCGACCUUACCCCAGAACAGCAGUAUGCUCUCACCAAGGCAUUUGACCCCACAGCUGACAGUUAUGGACACGGGAACAACAAGACAGGGGAGACGAAGAAGUCCAUCCUCCACCCAGAUCUCAAGACGAUCCCUCAUGUGCCUCAGGUACAGCUGAUCGGUAACGGGACUGUCUACAAUCACGAGGGCCUUGCAGAGGCGAAGCUCAAGCACCCGUCGCACACGACCUUCCACAAGACUCGAGUUUCAGAAGAGGACGAGGCCAGGGGCGUCACGCGCUUCUACCGCUGGCACAUCGACGCUGCGCUCUAUGACCUCUCGCCGCCGAGGGUUACAACACUCUACGGCAUCUCUAUACCCAAGGGCUCCAAGCAGGUCUGCAGGUACGAUGACGAUACUGGCGACGAGCUUGAGGUCCCGCUCGGCACCACUGCCUUCGUCUCCGGCAAGACCAUGUUUGACAUUCUCCCAUCCGAGUUCAAGAGCCUUGCUGUCCGUUCACGCGUCAAAUAUAUGCCCCACCCGUACAUCUGGAUGACACCUGCACACGCGAAGUCGACCGGCCUUGGCAUCGAGACUGAGGGCCUCGAGGCGCCCAUGGACGAACUUCCGCCAUGGGAAGAGUCUAAGGUCAAGGUCUUCCCUGUGCUUUGGAAGAACCCGGUGACCGGCAAUCUGCACUUCGAGGUCCACCCCUGCGGCGUAUGUGAGCUCUUCGUCGAUCCACUUCCACAGGGUGCCAAGCGCGAGGGUGCGCUGUACCCAGAUGGCGCACACAUCACCGACCUUGGCACGGUGCGAGACACCCUUUACAAGAUGCAGCGGCCUGCAAUCGCACCCAGCCUCGUGUACCCACACGACUGGCACGAGAAGGACCUCUUUCUCUUCCACAACCGCGGUGUGCUUCACUCGGUCGUCGGCGCCUUUAAGCCCGACCAGGUUCGCGCUUUCCACCAGUGCAACCUCGCUGCCUCGGACGAUCCCGUUGGUCCAAACGCGGAGGAUGUGAAGAAGUGGGCAUGACCUAAGCCCGUUGUACACCCAUGACUAAGAUGGGGAAUCAGAUGUGUUCAAUACAGAUCCUAGCUUCUCUAUCAGAUAACCUGUACUACUAUCAUUGGCUCAUUUUCACUACAUAUACUGCCUUAGCUUCACA